GGAGGAGGUAAGCGGGAGCGAGGGUGCUGAGGAGGAGGAAGACACCCCAGCAUCCCUAGAUGCAUGCAACCAGGAGCUGUUCUCAGGCCAGGAGGAAGGUAGCCAGUCGCGGUGGCCGGUGCUCGGGGAAGGACAAACACUAGAGGAGGUGCCUGAUGCAACUUUGAGAUCUCAGCCGUCCAUGUUAUCACCUGCUGAAAGACUCAAAAGAAUUAGGAAGAGGCCACGCUGCAUGAACCCAGAGUCCGUGGAAGCUAGUCCAGCUGUCGAUGAGAAGAAUGUGUACUCCAGUCAUGGCUAUGAGGCCACCCAGAGGCACAGCUAUCGAGGGCUGCCUUAUGCAGAUCAUAAUUAUGGAGCUCCUCCUCCUCCGACCCCUCCAGCAUCUCCCCCAGUUCAGACUAUCAUCCCUCGUGCUGAGCUGAAUGGCUUGCACUCUCCUGACGAGGAGAACUCUGGGGACAGUGAGAGUUCCUCAGAGGGAGAGUCCAUUCCCAGCUGGUGUCACUGCACUCUCUCUCAAGAUGGCUUCCUCAUCAAGUGUGACAAAUGCAGGGGAAUGAGCAGGGGGAAAGUGAUCAGACUCCGCCGCCGGAAGCAGGACAAUGUGUCAGGUGGAGACAGUAGUGCAACUGAGAGUUGGGAUGAGGAGCUCUCCCCCUCCACAGUGUUGUACACAGCUACGCAGCACACACCCACAAGCAUCACUCUCACUGUUAAUCGGGUCCGCAGAAACAAACCUAAGAAGAGGAAGAGGAGUAUGGAGAAAGCUCGCACUGCACCAAAGGCCAAGAAAAUCAAGGCCUUUCGAGAAGGUUCACGGAAAUCUCUGCGGAUGAAGAAUUCUCCUUCUGAAGCACAUGCCCUGGAUGAGAACACAGCUGAGGGGUGGGAGAACCGGAUUCGGCUCUGGACAGAUCAGUAUGAAGAAGCCUUUACUAACCAGUACAGUGCUGAUGUACAGAACCUCCUGGAACGGCAUCUAAGCACCAAUAAAGAAUUUGUGGGCAAAACUGCUGUGCUGGACACAAUCAACAAGACAGAGUUGGCCUGCAAUAAUACAGUUAUUGGGUCCCAGAUGCAGUUGCAGCUGGGAAGAGUGACUCGGGUUCAGAAGCACCGGAAGAUCUUGAGGGCAGCAAGAGACUUGGCAUUAGAUACCCUUAUAAUUGAAUAUCGAGGAAAGGUUAUGUUACGGCAGCAAUUUGAGGUCAAUGGGCAUUUCUUCAAAAAGCCAUACCCCUUUGUGCUGUUCUACUCGAAGUUCAACGGUGUUGAGAUGUGUGUGGAUGCGCGCACCUUUGGCAACGACGCCAGGUUCAUCAGGCGUUCCUGUGCACCGAACGCAGAGGUCCGUCAUGUGAUUGCUGAUGGAAUGAUCCACUUGUGUAUCUAUGCGCUCGCCUCCAUUGCCAAGGACACAGAGGUCACCAUCGCCUUUGACUAUGAGUACAGCAUCUGCAACUAUAAAGUGGACUGUGCAUGUCACAAGGGGAACAGGAAUUGCCCUGUACAGAAACGGAACCCAAAUGCUGCAGAACACCUACCUCCACCUAUUCUAGGCACACUGAUGAUGGGGGCAGAAACAAGGCGUCGGAAAGCCCGUAGGAAGGAACUAGAAUUGGAACAGCAGAGCAUUGCAUCAGAUGAGAACAGCAACCAGCAAGCGGAGGAGGUUCCAGAGGGACCUGCUGCAGCCAGCGACAAUGAGGCUGCAGAUAAAGAAGAGAAGCAAGAGGAGGGGGAGAGAGAGGAGGUUGUGGAUGAGCAGGGAGGCCUGGCUCACAGCAGACGGUCCCGGGAGGAGAGGAAGGUAGAGGCCAUUAUGCACAUGUUUGAAAACUUGGAGAAGAGAAAGAGAAGACGAGAGCAACCAUCAGAUCGGAGCAGCACGGAUGCCGAAUUCAUCGUUAACCCUGAGGCUUCUGAGUUGGAGGAGGUGAAAAUGGAGACUCCUGAAACUGAAGACAGCAGUUCAGCUUUAAGUGGGGCUGCUCCAAGCACUCCUAACAGCAGCAGCAAUGUUGGGGUGAACACACGGAGGUCCACACAGUCAGUAGAUGCAAUUCCAGAAAAGACGAUCACUAAGCCAGCUCCAGCCAAACCCUCCAGGCCCCGACCCAAAAGCCGUUUUUCUCGCUAUCGGACCAGUUCAGCACAAAGAUUGAGACGGCAGAAGCAGGCCAUUUCCCAGCAGACUGAGCUCUCCCAGGCUGUCCCAGAGGAGGGAAGCAGCAUCAGCUCAGUAACUGCUGCAGAUGUCAGCAGCAUCGAGGGUCCAGGAGAAAGUAGGCAAUUGAUGGGGUCUGACCCAACUGUGAUGCUGGCUGCAGGAUCCCAGUCCAACCGAGCCACAGUAAAGUACCCCAAAACUAAAAAGUAUCUAGUUACAGAAUGGCUGAAUGACAAGGCAGAAAAGCAGGAAUGCCCCAUCGAGUGUCCUUUACGUAUUACCACAGACCCCACUGUUUUGGCAACAACCCUCAACAUGUUGCCAGGUCUUAUCCACUCCCCACUGAUUUGUACCACACCCAAACACUACAUCCGCUUUGGCUCGCCUUUCAUCCCUGAGAGACGUCGAAGGCCUCUUCAGCUGGAUGGGAUAUACAGCUCCUGUAAAAAGCGCUGGAUGAAACAAGCCCUGGAAGAAGGGAUGACUCAGACCUCAUCUACUCCACAAGAGAAUAGAACCCAAUGUCUAUACCAAAGUAACGAGAGCAGCAGCUCUUCUAGCAUCUGCAAGGACAAUGCAGACUUGCUGAGCCCCCUGAAGAAGUGGAAAUCUCGCUACCUGAUGGAGCAGAAUGUUACCAAGUUACUGAGGCCACUAUCUCCCGUCACGCCUCCACCUCCUGGCUCAAUGAGCCCACAACUCACCACACCCUGCUCAUCUCUACCAGGAGAGGAGGAAAGUCGCAAUGGUUAUGGCAUGAUGUUUUCACCAAUUCCCUCUCUGGCUGCUAGUCGCUGCAAUACUCCACUACAGUUUGAGAACGUAUCCUCCCCUGAGAGUUCCCCUGCGCAUAGGCCCGAGUCCCUGUCACCCGAGCUCUGCCUUCGAACGGACCUGGAUUUGGCAAAAGUGAGCUACCUGGAUUCCAAUGCUAACACCUGUCCAGAGAGGCCAUCGCUGCUGGGCUCAGGCCACUCUGAUCUGGCUCCACAGUCCUCCAUUCACUUCACUUCUGAGACCAACUUCCCAGGAAAGAGUGGGGAGGCACAGCUGCUGCUAAGAAGCUCCGAUCAGGCUUUUCGGACAGAGUUUAAUUUAAUGUAUGCCUUCUCCCCUUUGAACGCUAUGCCCCGUGUAGAUGGAUUGUUGCGGGCUUCCCCUCAGGUGGGAGACAGGAAGCCCCUGAGUUCAGAAGGGGGAUGUUGCAGCUCUCCUGCAGAUGGCUACUUCAGCAGACAUGAGCCGGGACUUCUUAAAGAGACAUUGCAUGGAUCCAUGUCUCCUGGUGGUGAGAGGGUUUGUGAAGGAGUCAAAUCUGCUCCCCAAAACCCACCACAAAGGAAAAAGGUCUCUCUGCUGGAGUACCGCAAGCGAAAACAGGAAGCCAAGGAGGGAAGUGAUUCAGUGCGAUGCACAAUGACGCCGACCCGACAAGGCAGCAACAGCUCUGUGACUGACACAGAGGCCAGCAGUGUGCAGGGCUCAGUAGUCCGAGCCCCAUCCUCCCCACAAAGUGGCUGUUCUCCCUCACAUCCCCCCCUGCCUCACAUAGAGGAGAUCAGCCCACCAGACCUGAGGGUGGCUAGUUCCUCGACCUCACACUCCAAAUCCCAGGAGAACAUCAGCAGUAGGUGGAUGGUCCCCACAUCUGUGGAACGGCUUCGAGAGGGCCGUGGUAUUCUCGAGAAGGUUCUGCGCAGUGGUGCAAAGAUAUCCCAGAGAGGAGAGCCCUCACCGACGAGUGACAGUGCUGCUGAGAGAGAUCCAGGUACUGCUCAGGAAUCACCACCUCAUGUGGAACACUUUUAUAGGGACUCUACUUGAAGGAGAGGUUACUUACCUUCUAAAGUAACUGGAGUUCUUCGAGAUGUGGGUUUUCCGCUGCCCGCCCUCCGUUCCCUCUGCCUUGGAGUUUUCUCAGUGUUCUUUUCCAGUUAAGAAAGAACUAGAGUGGCAGCAGGGCCAUGCCCUCACCCCGGAGCAAUACAGCGUGUUGGUCACAGGCUCUGACCUGCAGAUGCUGCUGCUGAAAAUCUCUCGUCAAGAGUGCAUGGGCAUGUCCAUGUUCUGGUGUGGAGCACCCAUAGGGACGUACUUCUCAAAGAACUCCAGUUACUGUACAAGGUAAGUAACCUCUCCUUUUUUUCGGCUUUCAUAGCUCAGAAAAAAUCUCCCCUGAUUAGCUUUAAAUUUGCAAAGAAAUUCUCCUCUGGCUGGAGUUUUAUUAAUUCAUGCAGCACUCUCAGCCUGCGUGGCACUUUACAGACAUAAAGCGACAGCUUCUAGCGCUGAGGGCCUUGCAUCUAAAUUUGACAUGUCAGAGCAGAGGAUGACUAUAAAUGGCGAGAGCAUUAGAACACGGGUUUUAGCUCUUGGUCUUAUACACACUUUUUAAAAAGUUUGGUCUUUAAUAUUAAAAUUAGGAACAAUCUCUGGCAUGACUGUUGGGUGGAGGAUAACAAUGGAAGGGUUUGGAAGGAAGUGAUGCAUGCAAUAUUGCCACACAGAAGAGUGGAGGGAAGGAGGUCAGAUUAAGACUUAGAAUGGAAACCUGUUAUCCUUACUGCUGAUCUGCAGUGUCUUACUGUUCUUCAUGUAUGGCAGUGUGGAGCCCACUGUAGCUGCAUGUGCGCCUCAUGCACGUGACAGCUGAUUUUUGUCAAAAACCGUGUCCUUUGGGGCCACGUUUGCUGCCUAUGCCACCUCCUGCCUCUUUACAGGGGCAUAAAGGCCAGGGCAGCCAUGACGCUCUGUUCUCUCUUACACAGCACUGAGACAGAACCUAGCAAGUGUCCAACCUGCUAGUUCUUAGCUUUUGCUAAAUUUCUUCAAACUCUUCCCAAAAACCCCUUCAUAACGCUUCUGAUUCUCUGAUGUACAACCUCCUUGAAUUAAAUCGACCCACCUGUACUGAAUAUUUUACAGUCAACAUCUCUGUACAGGGAUUCUCAAGAUGAUGGGCUCAAACCUUCAGGCUUCAAGCUGCGCCCAGCCUGCAAUGGACUAAUUCCUCAGAACUAUGGAUACAGCAGGUGUCUCGUCUGCUUAGGAGAGUCCCAGAAAACAAGCAGCUGCUCAGUAUGCCAUUCUUUCUCUGUAAGACCACACAAGCUUAAGGAGGCAUGGUUGAAGCUUUGUUUCUUGGAACAGUCUAUGAAGAUCUCUUCAGAUCCUGAGAUGAGAUUCAGGGUCCAAGUAGCGGACAAGGCAGCUUCACCAGCAUCCAGUCUAGCAAAGCAGCAACUCCGAAGACCAGCAUGGAGAAGAGACCACUGAGGAAAGAUCCGGCACUAAAGCAGGACCACACGAGGGCAGCAGGUGCUAUCAGCACCAAAGCAGAUGACGACAGUCUCCGGAUCAGUCUGGCACUGAGCAGGGCUGCUUCGAACACAGAGGCAGAGCUCAGUAUUCUUCCAUGAGGACAGACCACCUGAUGCUUCAGAAGAUAAAGCCACUAAACCCCACACAGCAUUUAGGACUAAUAUCCUGCAGCACAAAAUAAGCCUUCUCUGACACUGAUCCCAGCUCCAGCACCUCACCCCGAGCAUCAACACCGCAGCUGAAGAUGAGCUACUAGGAAAGCCAGGGCCAUCAGUACUGAGGCAUAUACCGGUACCAGUGCAAAGCCUUGAGUGCACUGUAUACCUUGGCACCAGGGCAGAGCAACAGCAGCAUCCUGUUUCAUUCCCAAAGGUCCUGUCGUCUUCAUCACCCAACAAGGCAGUGAUCUCAGCAUGAGACGACUUCAUAGAUUCCAAGGCCAGACAAGCCCAUUGUGAUAAUCUAGUUUGACUUCCAGUAGAACACAGGCUGGAGAACUUCGCCAAUGUAUUUCCUAGAGCUCCUUAUAAGAGUUGCUGAGACUCUGGAGAGAGAGAGACUUCAGUCACAUCAGAGAAAUCUCAUGAGUUGUUUGUUCUGACAGCUCCCAGUCCACCCAGAACCAUCCUCUACAUAAAUGAAGAGUUGCUCGACCUGGCGAAGACCUUGUAAUGGUCUUAGUAACAAUGACUGCAAAAUGGCUGGAGAAACAGUGCCAGGUCCCUCAGCCUGGGUUUGAGUACUUGUGUGCCUAUCCCAGUCCAGGCUCCUUAGUCAUUACAAUGCUCCAGGAAAAAUCUAAAUCAAACAAGAGAACCCCUAAGGACAAAGACCCAAAACAGCUUAACCUGCUCGGGAGAAAAUCUUACUCCUCUGCCUGUUUAUAACUUCAGGUGGCAAACUACCCAGCAUUCCUGGCCAAAAAUGACUUUUUGAGCUGGGGUAGCGUUGACAUCUUCUCUCUCAAAAUAAGGGCAAUAAUCAAGAAAGGCCAGUUGGUGGCAGACAACUUUACAGGCAGGAAUGGACUUCUCCGAUGCUGCAGCCAGAUCUAUGGACAUGGCGGUAACUGUGCACAGAGCAUUCUGACUCCAAGCAUCAGGCAUCGCUAGGGAGGUACGGGCCAUGAUUGAGGAUGCCCUUUGAGGGCACAGACUCAAAGCCCACCUGGGGAUUUACACACCAGCCCCAUAUCACAAGUCUUACCGUCCUUAACCCAAUAGGCACCAUCCUGUCACUCCGAGCAACCCAAGUACCGUUCCAUAAAGAAGCCAAGAUACAGUAGAAGUUGUCAGCCUUCUGCCUCAGUGACAUGCCCUGACCCUACAGCACUUCAACAGAUGUGACAGGACUCGGGAGCCACACUAGUUCCAGUUCAGAGAGCACCCCUUUGGAAGCUAGCUCGCCCCAUGCCACUGAGCAUGGCCAGCAAUGACAUCAGACAGAUGGGUGCUAGAGAUCAUCUCCUCCUCCAAUUGCACUGCCGAAUUCAGAGGAACGGGCUUCUGCUCUGAGUAUUUCCUUAUACAGAAGAGGGCCUCCAUCUUAUCCUAGAGCAGAGGAAACUCAACUAAUGCACAUGCCAUCUCAGGUUUAGGAUGGUAAUGCUCAUAUCCACCAUUCCAUCUCUCUAGGAUCUAGACUAGUUCUUGGCUCUUGACUUGCAGGAUGCAUACAUCCACAUUGCCAUCCACCUCGCACACAGGAAGUAUCUGAGAUUCAUAUUGGGAGCCAAUCAUUGCCUAUGCAGGUGUCACAUUCUGGGGUGCAAUCCAGACCAGUGAGAAGUUGUCACUGCCUGCCCCUUAGCCCUGGGUGCCUCACAGUGCUUUGCUGUUGUGGCUUCCAACCAGGGCUACUCACAACUAACCUACCAGCAUGCAGGUCACACCCUGAGUGUCUGUGUGCUAGACAGCCCUGGUUCAGCAGCUCUGACCCCAGCAGCCUGUCAACAGCCACGCUUUGGCUUCCACCAGCCUUGAUAAUUAACCUAGCAGGGUGACCCCAACACAGUCCCAGUCCUGAAUUUUCCCAAAACCUGUGUUGUGCACUGUCCAUCUCUCUCCUUAAAGUGUAAACCUCAGUUAAACUAGCAAGUUGUAUAUAAAUCCUAUUUCAACUACUCCACUGUCACAUUCUGGGGUGCAAUCCAGACCAGGGAGGGUUUGUCACCACCUGCCCCAUAACAUUGGGAGCUGGAAAUGCAAAGCAUUGUGAGGCACUCAAGGCUACGGACCAGGUGGUGACCCAACCUCUCCCUGGUCUAGAUUGCACCCCAGAAUGUGACAAGAGUACUGCCCCUUGGCCUCUCCACAGCACAGGUUGUAGUCACAAAAUGCCUGGCAAUGGUGGCAGCACACUUAGGGAAUUGAUGUAUACUUGUGUAUGAACUAUUGGCUGAUAAUGGGCAAGUCCCAGCAGGAGAUAGCAGCAGCCCUGGAGUAAAUUCUCAUGAAAGCUCCUUCACUGGAGGUUUUCAAAAGGAGGCUGGAUAGCCAUCUGUCUUGGAUGGUUUAACACAACAAAUCCUGCAUCUUGGCAGGGGGUUAGACUAGAUGACCCUUGCAGUCCCUGCUAACUCUGUGGUCCUAUGAAAUGCUCUCUCUGCUCUCCUGGUGAGGAGUCUUUGUGAACUACGAAGCUGGGAAUGGGUGACAGGGGAUGGUCACUUGAUGAUUACCUGUUCUGUUCAUUCCCUCUGAGGCACCUGGGCAUUGGCCACUCUUGGAAGACAGAAUACUGGGCUAGAUGGACCUUUGGCCUGACUCAGUAUGGCCGUUCUUAUGAUAAAUCAUCUGUCACCAUCACAGACAAUAGACGAGUCUAAAAGAGGUUUUACUGCAUAAUGGCAAUGUUUUGCCAUCAAUUCCAGUUGGUCAUGCAGUCCA